UUCGGGCAGACGGUUUCACUCGUGUUCUUCACGGAAACAUGGAGGCCGGACAGCUUCUACGAUCACAUAAAAGAGAACGUCGACUUGGGCAUGCACACGCUCGUGCUGCUCGAUAUCAAAGUCAAGGAACAGAGCGAAGAGAACCUGGCGCGAAAGAUAUACGAGCCGCCCCGAUACAUGUCCAUCCCGCAAGCCGUGUCUCAACUCAUCGAAGUCGAAGAAAAACGUCAGGCUGGCAUUCUAUCCCCGGAAACCACCCUAGCGGUUGCAGUCUCGCGCGUCGGUGGUGGACCGGGGAACGAGCGCAUCGUCGCUGGCACAUUGUCUGAGCUUAGCGCACAGCCCGCAGAGGCCUUUGGGGAGCCGCUGCAUAGCCUGGUUAUCGUCGGGAAGCGGGUGCAUCCGCUGGAAAUCGAGUAUGCGCAGGAGUUCGCG